CAUGAUCAGACAAUUUUCCAUGAACAUUUAGCCACCGUGAAUAUUCAGCUAAGCAUUCACCAUUUCCGUGUAGGCCACCAUUACAGAUGCAUGUGCGCUUGAGCACAAAGUAUUCAGAGUAUUCAAGAUAUCAAAGAUUGAGAACGUUUUGAAGACUAUGACGACGAAAAGAGACUUUAGAGUUGAAUCAAAGAAGAGGAAGGCAGCUGCAUUCUUACAGCUUGUCAAAAAAGAAGAUGAAGAGACACCACCAGAUAAAAAGAAUAAAACUGAGGAAUCUAAGACUAAUGUUGAAAAUGGCAUUGAAACAUCUUCUGGAAGCAGCAAAAAUGAAAAACCUAAAAACUUUCAACAAAUGGCAGAGGAUGAACUACUGAAACUCAGACAAGCUUUAAGGGAAAGACAAAAAGCAUCAAUGGAAAAGCCAAAAGUUUUCUUGACUCUUGAGGAACUGGCAAAAGAAAACACACCAAACUUUGGAACUGAUCUUAAGGAUGAAGACAUUCCUCCACUCUUUGUCAGUGAUGUACAGAGUCUUAUUCUGUUUGCAGUUCAGGGGUCUGCUUGUAAAAUCAAACCAAGAUGGUGCAAGUUACUCCGCUGUACAAAAGUUGCCAGCAUUGUUGUCAUGGUGAUGAACGGGGUUAGUAAUACAGAACUGGAGAAGUACCCUGACUCAUUUUCCACACUCAGAAGCGAAUUUCAAACACAUAUAGAUAUUGUGAACCCAUCUCAGUAUGCCAAAACUGUGCCAACAGAAUUAUUCUGCAUCCUCCCUCCACAACAGCAAAGGAUUCUGGCAAAAAGUUCAGUGGAAAAGAAAAAACCUGAGACAAAAAAUGAAGAGGAGCCUGAGGCUAGCAAAUCAGAUGAGCCCCCAGAGGAAAGUGUUGUUGAGGAGAACCCCCUCCAUCCGACUUUUCAUCAAGAUGAUGCUUUUUCCAGAACUUCUUUGUUACUGAGCACAGCUCAACUAAUGCAGGAAAAGUAUCCUCUACCUGUACAGUAUAGCAAUGUAAGAACUCUGAAUUUUAAGUUCACUAAAGAAGAUUAUGCUCCUGUGGAUGACAAAAGUCCAAUGUUUGCGUUAGAUUGUGAAAUGUGUCUGACAGUCAGCAGACAGCUUGAGCUGACACGCGUGUCUGUUGUCAAUGAGAAACUUGAGACGAUAUAUGACACAUUUGUCAAACCAUUCAACAGAAUCAUCAACUAUCUCACAGAGUUUAGCGGUAUUACGAAGGCCAUCAUGGAUCCAGUGACAACGCGCCUGCCAGACGUACAGAAAAAGAUUCAGGAGCUGUUGCCGGCCAAUGCCAUUCUGUGUGGACAGUCCCUGGGGGGAGAUCUAAGGGCAAUUAAGAUGUACCACCCCUAUGUGAUUGACACCAGCUGUAUAUACAACUUGUCGGGACGGACUUCAAUGAAGACUGGUCUGAAAAAACUGACAGAGAUGUUUGUCAAGGAGACAAUCCAGGCAGGAACUGGGGGUCACGACUCUGUGGAGGACGCUACAGCCACCAUGAAGCUGGUUCAGCACAAGCUCAAGCACCAUCUAAACUAUGGAGAUGUCAGAAUGGGAUGGACAGUGGGGGAAACAAAGCCUGAAGAAAAUCCAGAAGAAAAGGUGUCUGAGUUUAAACUUAUCAAAAUGGAGGAGACAGAGGAGAAUGUUGACCCUGACUCCCAAAAAUCUCACAUAACUGCCAGGCAGAACGCUUUCUUCAAAAUGGGAAAAUAUUUCUACAGCAUGUUCGAGGUUCUACAGAAAUACAGAAAAACAGCUGCCAUGGUAACGGACCAAGCAACAAUAAAUCAGUUUGGAAUGGACAAUGGAGUCGUCGCCAUAGAAUCAGAUUCAGACAAAAAAACCAAGUCACUUGUGAAAUCUCAUGUGCAAUUUCAUGACUUUGUAUACUGCAGUUUUGAUAACUAUCUUCCCCACAUAAAUGGAGAAACAACACAGGAGAAAGCCAAACAUUGUUUAGAAAAAAUGGACAAACGAGUGGGGAAGAUUCUGAAGAAUGUGAAACAGAACUCACUAGUGAUUGUGAUAGUUCCUGGAAGAACGGACCCAGAAUGGGAAAAUGCUGGAACAGUGUUUGUCAAAAUUAAAGAAUAAAAUUGUUUGUUAU